AUGGAUUCUUACAGCACUCAUUCCAACAGCAGGCGGCCACGCGGACCAACUGCCCCAUCAAGAUGCGCCGUCUGCUUCAAAGAGUCUAGAUUACAUCCUUGCGGUGGUUGUAAGGUGGUACAUUACUGCAGCGCUGAACAUUCUUUAGCCCACCGAUCAAGCCAUAAGGUCAGCUGCAUAACCAUUAAAAAGACCCGAGAAAGAUUAGAGCACGAAAAGUCCAAACUUCGAGCCCGAACCGACUCAUCAUUUGAAGCCCAAUCCAGCUCAGAAGAUAUCUUCCAGACAGGCUUGGGAAAGUUUUGGGGCAUCGUCGAGACUCGAAAUUAUAUGAGGGCGCGCUUCGCCGCUGCUAGCGCACUACUUCAAGUUGAUACGAAAGAUGCGGUAGAGAGUGCUCUCGAGCAUUUCAACGAAAUGAUUAGGUUGGGUCGAAGUGACGACCAGGGCGUUCGUGAUAUCAUCCCACACCUACUACUUCGACUUGGGCGGGAGCAGGAGUGCUACCACUUCCUGAAGUGGUGGGCUACUGCUGAAAACCCGCGGGAUGUUGCAACACCAUAUCUAUAUCUUCCCGAAGCUGACCCUCUCGAAUCUGUGGAAGUAUUUUCCUCAAAUGAAACCAGUGUUGGCCAUCUGGUGGCCUUAACGCUUUUGAAAAUGCGUCUUUUUCUAGAUAUGGACGCAUGCUCUACUUUUGUCACUGAUCUUGAUCCCCCAUUUGAUCCCUUCGACCCCUACGCCAACAAAGAUAGACCGCAGCCUGGGCAUUGCGUUCGAAAUAAAAUAAGAGAGAUGAAUAUGUCCUACUUGAAACAAACUACUCGGAUGUUGCGGGAUCAAUUUCUCACACUCUACAACCAGGCCCACGAUGCGAACCCCUACAUCUGGAGAGCUUUGGUUGAUGGAAAGAUUCCAUCGCCCCCGCGGUUUUAUAGAAGAGGCUCAAAAGAAGAGGCAGAUUGGAUCAUUUACCAGUGCCAUCAUGCCUGGAUUGAGUCUGGAGAGGCAAUGAUGCUGAUCGAUGCACACACCGUUGCUUCCACCACUAUGAAUCAGGACGAAGCCGCCGCUGCCAGUGGAAGAGACACAUCAUCCGCAUCGUCAAGAAAUCGACCAUUCCAAAUAUGGAGCAAGGCGCGAGGAACAGGAAAAGCCUUUCCAUCCAAGUUCCAGUCUAUCUAUUCUCCUAGCAACCUCUUCAGGCCGACAGUUAAGGCUUGUAGCGACAUUGCCCGGUUUGUUCAUCACAAAGACCCAACAAAGGUGUUGGUAUUCGUCGGCGGUGCCUGUUCCAACAACGGACAGCAGGAACCCCGAGCUGGAUGGGCAGUAGUUUUCGGACCCCCAACUUAUAAAGGAAAAAAUAACGACUCUUAUUUUGUGUCAGGUCGACUUGAGGACAAAGGUCCGUUUGGGGACAGCUACACAGGGACCACUAAGCGAGCUGAAUUACGUGCGGCCAUUGCUGCCCUUCGUCUCUGCGACUGGCAAGCCGAGGGCUACGCCAACCUUGUCAUCGCAACCGACUCGACAUAUGUGGUGGGCGGUGCCACAGAGUGGACAAAAAUUUGGGCGCAGUAUAAGUGGACAACCUGUAGCGGCGGCCAUGUCAAACACAGAGAUCUUUGGCAGCUGGUCCUGGGCGAGGUGGAGAGAUGGGCUAACAAGGGCGUUUUCGUUGAGUUUUGGAAAAUCCAAACAGGGCAAAACGAGGAAGCCGACCGAGCUGCCAAUCGCAUGGUGCAGACCGCAUCUGCGGUAGGAGAGUUUGAAGAUGUCCCGCUUAACUCUGGACAGUCCCGUACUUCUCGCCAACUGCCUGACUCCUGCAGCCAAAAGGGAACUCUUGUUGAGAACAUGGAGAAACCGGCGACUCGGUACUCCGAGGGCACAAGAUCCGCGGAGGCCACUGAAGCUGUCGUCUGGGUUGGGGGAUUCACGCUUUGA